AUGUCGAUGCUGCGGAGAUUUUCUACGCAGUUCAAGCGGAACAAGGACCAAAACGGUGAUGCUGAGCACCCCAAGCCCGCCAAAGAAAACAGCAAGCGUUUCUCCAAGGCUGCCUCAGCGCGCAAGUCUACCUCUAACGAUGACAGCCGCGCUGUGAACCGCGAUGAGGUUAUCGCAGUCUUCGAGAAGUAUGCGCAAGCCAUCCACGCUUCGCGCGAGCCUCUGCCCAACCAGACCGGUGAUGGCACCUACCUCAAGCACGACCAGUCCUCAGGACUGUUCAAUGAUAUCAAGUCCCUCGGUUUCCGUGAUCUGAACACUGUCAAGGACCUGAUCAAGAACAAGGCCUCUGGCGAGCUGAUUGACGACAAGACCUACCUCAUGGAGCGCAUUAUCCAGCUUGUUGCCGACAUGCCCGGUCACUCCAAGAACCGCACCGAGCUCACCAAUCAAUUCCUGGAUGAGCUGUGGAACUCAUUGCCUCACCCCCCUCUCUCCUACAUGGGUGAUGACUACAAAUACCGUUCCGCCGACGGAUCGAACAACAACCCUACGCUUCCCUGGUUGGGUGCGGCCAAUACCCCCUACUGCCGCACCAUUCCUCCUCUGACCAUCCAACCGAGCGGUCUGCCUGACCCCGGUCUGGUCUUCGACAGCCUGUUCGCUCGUCAGGAGUUCACCCCUCACCCCAACAAGGUCUCCAGUGUUUUCUUCGACUGGGCUUCUCUGAUCAUCCAUGAUAUCUUCCAGACCGACUACCGCCAACAGCACCUGAACAAAACCUCUGCUUACCUCGACCUCUCCAUCCUGUACGGUGAUGUCAAGGAGCAGCAGGAUCUGAUCCGUUCCCACAAGGACGGAAAGCUCAAGCCUGACUGCUUCUCCGAGGGUCGUCUGCAGGCUCUGCCUGCUGCUUGCGGUGUUUUGCUGGUCAUGCUGAACCGUUUCCACAACAACGUUGUCGAGCAGCUUGCUCUGGUUAACGAGAACAACCGUUUCCCCAAGCCUCGUCCGGAUCUUUCCGAGGAGGACACCAAGAAGGCCUGGGCCAAGUAUGACGAGGACCUGUUCCAGACUGGUCGUCUGAUCACGUGCGGUCUGUACAUCAACAUUACUCUGUACGACUACCUGCGUACCAUUGUCAACUUGAACCGCACCAACUCCACUUGGUGCCUCGACCCCCGUGCUCAGAUGGAGAAGGCUGGUGCCACUCCCUCUGGUCUCGGUAACCAGUGUUCCGUUGAGUUCAAUCUGGCCUACCGCUGGCACUCCACCAUCAGUCAGGGGGACGAGAAGUGGAUCGAGCAGAUCUACUAUGACCUCAUGGGCAAGCCUGCUGAGGAGGUCACCAUGCCUGAACUCCUGCAGGGUAUGAAGAAGGUUGAGGGUAUGCUUGAUGCCGAUCCCUCCAAGCGUACCUUUGCCAACCUGAAGCGUCAGGAGGAUGGUACCUUUAAAGAUGAGGAGCUUGUCCAGAUCCUUACCCACGCUACCGAGGAUGUUGCCAGCUCCUUCGGUCCCCGCAACGUCCCUAAGGCUCUUCGUUCCAUCGAGAUCCUGGGUAUGGAGGCCGCCCGCAGAUGGCACGUCGGUUCUCUCAACGAGUUCCGUAAGCACUUCGGCCUGAAGACUUACGACACUUUCGAGGAGAUCAACUCCGAUCCCGAAAUUGCCAACUCCCUGCGUCAUCUGUAUGAGCACCCCGACAACGUCGAGCUGUACCCCGGUAUCGUCUCCGAGGAGGCCAAGGAGCCCAUGAUUCCCGGUGUCGGUAUUGCCCCUACCUACACCAUUUCUCGUGCCGUCCUGUCCGAUGCCGUCGCUCUGGUCCGUGGUGACCGUCACUACACCGUUGACUACAACCCCCGCAACCUGACCAACUGGGGUUACAACGAGUGCCGUUACGACCUGAACAUCAACCAGGGCUGUGUUUUCUACAAGCUGGCUACUCGUGCCUUCCCUAACUGGUACAAGCCUGACUCCAUCUACGCCCACUACCCCAUGACCAUCCCCAGCGAGAACCGCAAAAUCAUGAAGAACCUGGGCCGUGAGCAAGACUACUCCUACGACGCUCCCUCUUACCUCCCCAUCCGCGCCAACCUGGCCUCUCACCAGAGCGCCCAGCAGGUCCUGAACAACCCCGAGGACUUCACUGUCGCUUGGAGCAGCACCAUGCAAGACCUCUUUGGCAAGGGUGACUUUGACGCUAAGCAACAGCAGACUAUGGGCCAGGCUUUCAGCACUGAGGAGUUCCCCGAACUCGUCAAGAAGUUUUACGAGGAUGUCACCACCCGCCUCAUCAACGACAAGGGUGCCAAGCUGGCUAAAAUCAACCAGGUCGACAUCACCCGCGAUGUCGGCAACCUGGCUCAUAUCCACUUCGCCUCUACCCUCUUUGGCUUGCCCCUGAAGACCGAGGAGAACCCCAACGGCCUCUUCACUGAGCACGAGAUGUACAUGAUUCUGACCACCGUCUUCUCCGCUCUGUUCUUCGAUGUGGACGCCACCAAGUCCUACUCGCUGAACCGCGCUGCUUCCGCCGUCGCUCAGCAGCUCGGCCAGGUCGUCGAGGCUACCGUCAAGGCUGACACCAACAGCGGUCUCCUGUCCGGUCUCAUGAACAGCUUCCGUCCCCACGACAACGCUCUCCGUGAGUACGGCACCAGCGCCCUCCGCCGCCUUGAGGAGGCCGGCCUCAACUCCAAGCAGAUCACCUGGUCCCAGAUCAUUCCGACCAUCGUCGGGAUGGUCCCCAACCAGGGCCAGGUCUUCACUCAGGUUAUUGAGUACUACACUGGUGAGGGCAAGAAGCACCUUCCCGAGAUCAACCGCCUCGCCAAGCAGGACUCAAAGGAGAACGACGAGAAGCUGUUCCGCUACUGCCUGGAGGCCAUUCGUAUCAAUGGAACCUUCGGUGCUUUCCGUGAGGCCCAGAACGACGUUACCGUCCAGGACAACGGAAAGACCAUUGAGAUCAAGGCCGGCCAGCAGGUCUUCGCCUCCUUCGUCCAGGCCAACCACGACCCCAGCAUUUUCCCUGAGCCUAACGAGGUCAACCUCAACCGUCCUCUGGAGUCUUACCUCAACCAAGGCCAGGGCCCCAACACCGGCUUCGGCAAGGAGAUCACCAAGAUCGCUCUCGUCGCCAUGCUACGCGUCGUCGGCCGUUUGGAAAACCUCCGUCGCGCCCCCGGCGACCAGGGCCAGCUCAAGAAGAUCCCCCAGGAUGGCGGCUACUACGUCUACCUCCGCCAGGACGGUACUUCGUACUUCCCCUUCCCUAUGUCGCUCAAGCUUCACUGGGACGGCGACUUCCCUGCCAAGAAAUAA